ACAUAAUACACGGCGUAUGCGCUGUGCGUAGUUGACUGUAGUGCAGUGUGCAUGCAUGCGGCCCAAAAUUAGUGGGCUCCAAAACCUCGAGAAAAAAAAACGAUGUAUUUCCCCAAAAUUUCACCGCAGGCCAGCCCAACUAACGUCAGAAUGGACUGAAACGGAAUGUUAUAAACUACACAACGGAAGGGACUCGUUCCGCAAGGAACCCGACAUUUUCCAAUUUUGGGGAAUAUUUCUAAGCCGUUGACGAGGUCGUGAGAGGACGGAGUAAGUGCGGUGGGUGAAAAAUAUAAUGAUGGCGACUCCACAGAAGAAGAGCAUGCAAACGCUCGGUGGUAAACCGGGCGGUGCGGCCCAGGCCCCGCCGGCUGCCAAGCCCGCUAGCCCGGCCCUGCCUGAACUGGACCUAUCACAUCUGUCGGAGGAAGAAAGGCGGCAAAUUCAGGCGGUGCUGGACAGGCAAAAGCAGGAAGAGGAAAAAGAGGCCAAACUCAUAAGAGCCUUGAAGGACGACCUUGACCGAGUCCAGCAGACCACCCAGGCCGUGGCCACAGAGACCAAAGCCAAGGGUACCCCAGCCCAGAAUGGCGCCGUCUGCCAGAUCUGCCACAAGACCAAAUUUGCCGACGGCGUGGGCCACUCCUGCAGCUACUGUAACCUCAAGUCCUGCGCGCGCUGCGGCGGCCGGGUCACGCUACGCUCCAACAAGCCGCCCGAAAAAACACCAUCUUCGGUCCGACCAAAGGUUUUAUGGGUGUGUAAGCUAUGUCGCAAGAAACAGGAAUUUCUCACCAAAACUGGACAAUGGUACCACGGCCGGCAGGGCAAACCGCAAAGCCUAGACAUCACCAAUGCCGCACAGACGCCAGACGGGGGCAGCAAACCGCAAACGCCGCAGUCGGCCAAAGACGGACAACAGCCGCAGCAGCAAAUCAUCAAGCCCCAAACGGAACAAAUUCUUCACAGUGCUAAGCCAAGUAAUAACAACAAUAAGGAGAACCUGGGUGCCGUGCAGCCGGCCCGGCCGCGCUCUACGACGCCGCACAGCCAACUCACCCGCCAGCUGUCCAAGAACGAGGAGUCCGAGUCGCCGCAUCCCCAGACCAACUCUAAACCCGUGCACCGGACUCACAGUCGAGAGCCCGGGAAGAGGUCGGGCCACGACGAGCGGACGCACAAUGUGCGGAACGAUCCCAACUAUGAUCCCUCAAGCGACGGGCAUUUCCAGGAUCGCCGGCGGGAGUCGCGGUACUCCAUGCGGGAUAGGACGCCAGAUCGGGACCGCUCCACCAGCAGCGAGCGCACGACGAUGACGGAGCGUCACGGGCGGGACCCGGCAAAAUACGCUGGGCGGGAACGCGAGCGCGAACACUUCCCGGAGCAGGAUCCCAGGAGGUUUAAGAACCAAGAUCACGUACGGGAUCAUGGGAGGUACCCCGACCACGAACGAGAAAGAGACCGUGACAGAUUCAGCCAUGGAUACGAAAGUCCUGACAGGCAUGGAUAUGCGGAGGAGAGGUAUUAUGCAGGAGAUCACGAGCGAGGACGCAAUUACAUGAAGGAACCAUUAGUGCGUCAGGUGAGUGGUAGAACUCUGGAUCGUCAGCGGAGGAUGUACGGGGACGACCCGCCAUCACCACAGUACCCGCACGAACGUUACGUGGAGCACGCUGGAUCGGAUCGCGAACGCAGGGACAUCGAUCAAAGGGAAAUUGACCGCAGGGAAGUGGACCACCGGGAGAUUUCAGACCGGCGGGAGAUGGAUCGCAGGGACGUGCCUGAACGCCGGGAAGGUGUCGGCGCCCAGAUGGAGCCCCGUGAGUUUGAGCGCCAUCCGAGUGAGCGUCGUGUAUCUCGAGCCCGGCGCGAGCGGGACCGCAGCCCCGGCGAUUCCAAGCGGACCUCGCCGAGGAACGAGGAGCGUUACAGUGAGGAGUACCGGCGCGGUGUGCCCACGCAAUACCCCCAGGAGCCCCUGCCGACCAAACGGCCCGGCAGCUCGCCGCGACACAGCAUCACCGUCGAGGACGUGGAUGCGCAGCGGGAGCGACUCCUCCUAGCCGAAUCUUAUGGUGCUGCCGGUCGCCUGCCGGAGUUGGGCCAGAAACAACACCUGGACCCCAGCUCGGCGGCAACCAAGACCAACAAGCAAGAAGCGUUGACCAGGAACAAUAAGGCCGAUUCCAUGAUCAGGGCCGACUCGCUGAGCUCGGACCAGAGCGAAUGCGUCCGGCCUCCGCCGCCGAAGCCCCACAAGACCAAGGGAUCACGGAAGCGGAGGCAGUUCUCCCUGAGUAGCUCUGAGGAGGAAAUCCGGUCGACCCCGGAGUACACCAGCUGCGAAGAGGGAGAGAUAGAAAGUGAAAGUGUCAGCGAGAGAGGUUCGGGUGAACUUGAGAUUGGGACCAGUGGGGGUAACAGCAGCAAGGAUAAGAGCAUGCAUGGCAGCCGGGCCCUCGAGCGCGGGGACCCCGCCGAGCACCACCACUCGGAAUCGGAGCUCGCGAUCUCGGCCGCCAAAAAGAAAAUUGUUCGCUUUGGCCGGGGGGAGGGCCGGUCCAUGGAGGAAGAUCCCGAAUGGUCCGAGCCGCAAAUUAAGGAUUCGGGGGUGGAUACCGGUAGCAGUACGACCUUAAACGAGGAGCAUAGUCUGGCUUCCAAGCACCCGGUCACGUGGACACCCGUCCUUGAUAACAACCGGCUGAUUGGUCACAUGAUCCUGAAGAAGAGCCAGGGGGACAACGCGGCCCCGCAGGACUCCAGCGCCAUCUUGGGGUUGAAGGUCAAGGGCGGCAAGCUGAAGGAGGCGGGCAAGCUGGGGGCGUUCAUCUCGCGGGUCAAGCGGGGGAGUAUCGCCGACACGGUCGGUCAACUCCGCGCAGGGGAUGAGGUUUUGUCGUGGAACGGCCACAACCUUCAAGGCAAAGAUGUUAACGAGGUUUACACCGUCAUCUUUGAGUCGAAGAGCGAGCCGCAGGUUGAGCUGUAUGUAGCCAGGCCAAUGGGUGAAAUGGACCAGACGACGAGAGAGAAGAUUGCCCAGCAGUUCCGCUCCCACCGGCCGGACUCCAUCACCAAACGCUCCAGUCAAAGCUCCAGCGGUUACGAGUCCACCACCAAGCACAAGGAGGAAGAGGAGAUCCCACCGCAGGUCCGGCACAAGCGGCCGUCGGUCACCAUCACCUCGCCUGGAAGCCCCGGCAUGACCAGACGGAACGGCUCGCCCUUAGUGCACGGAGAGCUCCAGAUGAAGCUGUGGUACGACAACACCAACUACCAGAUCGGAGUGACGAUACUCAGCAUCCAGGGCCUGCAGCCGAGAGAAAAGACAGGCGAUCUGCGCAACCCUUACAUCAAGAUGUAUCUACUUCCAGAUAGGAGUGAUGAUAGUAAAAGACGUACGAAGACCCUCCACAAAACCCUGAAUCCCAAAUGGAACCAGACCUUCCUGUACGGCCCCUUCAAGAGGUCGGAGUUCAAGGGUCACACCCUGGAGGUCACCGUCUGGGACUUUGAACACUAUGGUGCUAAAGAGUUCAUGGGCGAGGUCAUGGUGAACCUUGAGGCCGCGCCCCUCGAUGACGAGCCCCACAUGUACUCGCUGCGCAGCCACAACAAGCAGGUGCCUCUACCGCUGGCCUCACCGGUGCCCGCCCGGCACCAGAUGAAGCACAUGCAGCGCAACAGCAGCGGGGAGACAGGGAGCCGGGAGCAGCUCUCGUCGCCACCGUCCGGAGGGCAGAUCACCGACAGCGAAUUCUCGGACUGGGACGACGGCAUUGGCGUAGUCACGGGUUCAUCGGUCGUUGGUGUAGGGGAUGGCGCCAGUGUCUCCUCCUUAGGUAGCAGCUGCAGUCCACCCCCGGCCAGCGAAGACGACAGGCCCCUGAACGACCAGGACUACCCCAGGUCCCCUACCGCCCAGAGGCGGUCAGGAAUCGUUGUACCACCCCAGCAAGAAGAGCUUUCUUCCCACACACGAGAGCGUCGCGGCUCCGCUACCACCCUAGCUGUACCAGAGAGGGCGUCCCGGAGCCGGCCCCGAAGCCCCUCGCCGACGCGACGGGAACGCAUGAGCACCGAGCCCGCAGACAUGUACAGCAAGCACCAAGACGCGCCGUCACAGUUUGCGCGCUACAGAGACGACACCGAUGGCCAGAGCAGGCAGUCACCGACAGCACGGACUCCAAGAGAUCGGGAGCGGAAGGGACGGGACCACGAUCGGGACCCGAGGAGUAGAGACUUGAGAGAACGAGACUUGCGGGAUCAAGAUCCCAGGGAGCAUGACCCCAGAGACCGGGAUCUCCGAGACCGUGACUUGCGGGACCACGACCCCAGGAAUCACGAACCGAGGGAUCGGGACCAGCGGGAGUUCAGAGACCCCCCUCCGCGCGACUUGGACUUGAGGAACAAUCACAGUCGCGGCCGGCGGGAGCCGCACGAACAGGAGCUUCUGGACCGCGAGAUGCGUGACCCGCGUGAGCUCCGCGAUUCACGCGACCCCAGGGAACGGACCCACCGUGCCCUCUCCCCGCCUGCAGGGUACGAUUACGACCGGAUGGGCGGCCGGCGAUCGCGUUCCCCGAGCCGACGUGCAGACCUACAGCACGGGGAUCCCCAUCGCCGAACGCAAUCAGAAAACCGGGGAGAGAUGGACUUCGAAAGGCAGUACCGGUCGCACACCCGUGGUGCCAUGACAUCCAACAUUGACACUUCCAGCCUGCCCAACUCUCCAGUCCAUGGCGGUAGAGGGAGCCCCGUAUCGACGCCUUCCACGCCGCGCAAGCAUAGGCAGCUGCCUCAGGUCCCUGCCCAUCUCAAAUCGGAUAAAGGAACAGCAGAAAUCGAGGAGCGAGCCCGGCAGAUGAAAAUGAAAAUGAAGAUCAACCAGUACAAGCAGGCGGCCACGGCCAACACGCUGUCCCCGCAUGGCACGGCCGCAUCCUCGUCCUCGGGCGGCACGCCCAUCCUGGAUGCCCCGCCCAGGCCUCGCCGCAAGCAGAGCCCCGACAACAUCUCCAUCAAGUCCUCGGACAGUAACAUGUCUAGCACCAGCGACGUGUCAGCCAUUACUCAAGCCAGCACGGCCAGUGCUUUCUCCACGCAGUCGGAGCGGCGGCCGACCAGAAAACUCAGGUCAUAUACGAUGCAUCUGGACUGUCCGCCAAGCCGAAGAGAAAGUGCCUUUGCCGAGAAAUUGCAAGCAACUGCCCCCGUCAAGAAGCCGCUGAACCGCAGCAACAGCAGCGCCGACAUGUACACGUACGACCGGAACGAGGGCAGCAUAUCAGACUCGGCGGCCGACGUGAACAUCCAGGAGGGCAAGAAGCGCCGGGCCAGCAUCGGAUACAAGAUGGCGUCGCUAGUGGGUCUUUCCAAGAAGAGUAAUAGUACAUCCAAUCUAGCAGGCAAGAAGCCACGGAGUAGUAUAGUACGUAGCGAGGAGGUUGGCCUAGCUGCCGAGAUGAGGAAUCGUCUACAGAAGCAAGCUAGCCGCGAGAGCACAGACGGCAGUGUCUGCAGCUUCAGUAGCGACAGCUCAAGCCAACUCUGGCUACCGGGUAACUUCCGCAUGGGCCCCGAGGGCCAGUUUGACGGCUUCCUGGAGGGGCUAGGCCCUGCCCAGCUGGUGGGUCGGCAGGUCCUGGGCUCCCCUUGCCUAGGGGACAUCCAGAUCGGUCUGGAGGACAAAAGGGGCAAGCUGGAGGUGGAGAUUAUCAGGGCUAGGGGGCUGAUGUCCAAGUCAAUCUCUAAGAUGCUUCCUGCUCCCUAUGUCAAGGUCUACCUAAUGGAAGGCAAGCGUUGCGUGGGCAAGAAGAAGACUAAGAUAGCUCGCCGGACCCUGGACCCACUCUACCAACAGGUGCUACAGUUUGAGGAGGACUACCACAACAAAAUACUCCAGAUCACGGUGUGGGCGGACUACGGCCGCAUGGAGCGUAAGGUCUUCAUGGGUGUCGCCCAGAUCAUGCUAGAUGACCUGGACCUGUCCCAUCCCAGUAUAGGCUACUACAAGCUCUUCAACACCUCCUCAAUAUCGGAACUGCACGGCCACCGAGCGUCCAUAUCGUCACUAGAGGGCUCCAUGACUUCCCUGGCUAGUGCUAAAUAACCCCUGAUUCCUUCUUCCCCUCUCCCCCCCCCCUCCCCCAACAAAAAGAUAAACCCAAAAGGAGUCGUUAAUAGUCAAAAGAAGGUGCACUCUGAACGUCCCUUUCUCUUGCAAACGCUUUACUCGCAAACGCUUUACGAUGACCAUUUUGUGUUUUGUAACGAGAAGAUAAAAAUCUGUGAUUUCAUUGGUUACAACCAAGUUUCACAGCCCCCCCCCCCUCCACUCGAACACGCCAUGAGGACUGUUUCAGUAUUGUCUUAAGAGGGCACCCUGAGGUGCCUUCCUCAUACUAACUUGAGCAGGGUCCGAAGCGCUUGUCUGAAGCCAUUGUCCAGGUCUUCGCUUCGUGGGAACAAACCGGCGAUAGGCAAAACCGUAGCUCCGGAAGCCUGUUUCGGACACGCAGCCUAACCUCCAAAACCCUACUGGACAGUUUUUUGUCACUAGAGGGCUGUUCUGUGAUGUCCGAGUACAAAUCCAAAAGACUGCAACUUCAUCAUCACUAGAGGGCCUCCUAGCCUAAUCCCAAACCCUGCCUUUUACAAAUGUCCACACUAGGAAUCAGAACUCUUGGAAGCCCAACUUUGCCAUGUUCCACUUGUUGGAGGAUGCCACUGGUGAUCAUAUACACUUCUAUCAUCUCUGAGCACACUCGACUGAGGGCGCCCUUUGCACCCGCAGCAAACUUACCACUCAUUUGCAGUUGCAUUGAAAUU